CCAAGCGCGUGUGCCCCCAUCGGCCGGGCCGGGCCCAGCGCCGCGGGGCGGGAGGGACGAGGGGCCGCACCUGCCCUGGCCCUGCCGCGCCCGUCGGCCCCGUGCACCCCCCGCCCCGCCCGCCUGCCCCACCUGGCCGCCGGAUCCUCCCGCGAGGCCUUUGUCCUGCCGCCGCUGGCCCGCGCGCGCUUCGGCCCGGCCAGGCCCCUCACGCGAGGCCGGGGAUCUGCGGCCUACUCCCAGCCCGGAGCCCUCCCUCUCCACCCCCCGCCACCCUUCCCCUCCGCCCUUCUCAGCCCCGGUGCCCGCGGCAAAGGCCGCGGAGCCGCCCCCGGCCUCCUCUUCCCGCCCGUGCCGCCGCCGCAGCAGGUUCCCUCCCUCCCUCCUCCUCCUCCUCCUGCUGCUGCUGCUGCUGCUGCUCCUGCUCCUGCCCCCGGCGGCGGCGGGAUCCGCGCGGUGCCCGGGGAGCUCUGGGCCGGGCAGCGGCGGUAGGAGCGGCAGCGCCAGAAGCAAAGCUGUUAUCACUGAAAUCUGGAGUUCAUGGAGAUCGAGUAUUUCCAGGAUUGGCCAAAAAUAAAUUACGGGCAGCAGAAAUGAUGGAAGAAUUGCAUAGCCUGGACCCACGCAGGCAGGAGCUCCUAGAAGCCAGGUUCACUGGGGUUGGGGUUGCCAAGGUUGGUGCUUCAAAUUCCCUCCCUCCCCCCCCAAGCCUCCGUCCGUCAUGCUCCGCACUGGCAUUGGGUCCAUUAAAUAGCGAGUCUUCCAACCAGAGCUUGUGCAGCGUGGGCUCUCUGAGUGAUAAAGAAUUGGAGACUCCUGAGAAAAAGCAGAAUGACCAGCGGAAUAGGAAGAGGAAAGCAGAAGCCUAUGAGACAAGUCAAGGGAAAGGCACUCCUAGAGGACAUAAAAUUAGUGAUUAUUUUGAGUUUGCUGGAGGCAGCGGCCCAGGAACCAGUCCCGGUAGAAGCGUGCCGCCGGUCGCCAGAUCCUCUCCACAGCAUUCCCUGUCCAACCCCUUGCCGCGGCGAGUGGAGCAGCCGCUGUAUGGGGUAGACGGCAGCACAGCCAAGGAGCCGCAGGAGGAACACUCUGCUCUGCCAACGCUGAUGUCGGUGAUGCUGGCGAAGCAGCGGCUAGAGAAUGAGCAGCUGGCACAGAGGGGAGGUGGCCUCUGUUUUGCUUUUGUCUCGGCCCAGCAAGGCAGCCCAUCUUCUACUGGAUCAGGGAACACUGAGCAUUCCUGCACCUCCCAAAAACAGAUUUCCAUCCAGCACAAACAGUCACAGUCUGACCUCACAAUGGAAAAAAUAUCAGCACUAGAAAACAGUAAGAACUCUGACUUGGAGAAGAAGGAGGGGAGGAUAGAUGACUUAUUAAGAGCCAACUGUGAUUUGAGACGGCAGAUAGACGAGCAGCAAAAGAUGCUGGAGAAGUACAAGGAGCGGUUGAAUCGAUGUGUAACGAUGAGCAAGAAGCUUCUUAUAGAAAAGUCAAAGCAGGAGAAGAUGGCAUGCCGAGAUAAGAGCAUGCAGGAUCGAUUGAGGCUGGGGCACUUCACCACAGUGAGGCACGGCGCGUCCUUCACUGAGCAGUGGACAGAUGGCUAUGCCUUCCAGAACCUCAUCAAGCAACAGGAAAGGAUCAAUUCCCAGCGGGAAGAAAUAGAGAGACAACGAAAAAUGUUAGCAAAGCGGAAGCCACCAGCGAUGGGCCAGACCCCGCCAGCAAGCACCGAGCAGAAGCAGCGCAAGAACAAGACCAACGGAGCAGAAAAUGAAACGUUAACAUUAGCAGAAUACCAUGAACAGGAGGAAAUCUUCAAACUCCGACUAGGUCACCUUAAAAAGGAAGAAGCAGAGAUCCAGGCGGAGCUGGAACGGCUAGAGAGGGUUAGAAAUCUGCACAUCAGGGAGUUGAAAAGGAUACACAAUGAAGAUAAUUCACAAUUUAAAGACCAUCCAACGCUAAAUGAUAGAUAUUUGUUGCUACAUCUUCUGGGUAGAGGUGGCUUCAGUGAAGUAUAUAAGGCAUUUGAUUUAACAGAACAGAGAUAUGUAGCUGUGAAAAUACACCAGUUAAAUAAAAACUGGAGGGAUGAGAAGAAGGAAAACUACCACAAACAUGCAUGUAGGGAGUACAGAAUUCACAAAGAACUGGAUCACCCUCGAAUAGUUAAACUAUACGACUACUUCUCACUGGAUACUGACUCGUUUUGUACAGUGUUAGAAUACUGUGAGGGAAAUGAUCUGGACUUCUACCUGAAACAGCACAAGCUAAUGUCGGAGAAAGAGGCACGAUCCAUUAUCAUGCAGAUUGUGAAUGCUUUAAAAUACUUAAAUGAAAUCAAACCUCCCAUCAUACACUAUGACCUUAAACCAGGUAACAUUCUUCUAGUCAAUGGUACUGCAUGUGGAGAGAUAAAAAUCACAGAUUUUGGACUUUCCAAAAUCAUGGAUGAUGACAGCUACAACUCAGUUGAUGGCAUGGAGCUUACGUCGCAGGGGGCUGGUACUUACUGGUAUUUGCCACCAGAAUGUUUUGUGGUUGGGAAAGAACCUCCAAAGAUUUCAAAUAAAGUUGAUGUCUGGUCAGUGGGAGUCAUCUUCUAUCAAUGUCUAUAUGGCAGAAAGCCCUUCGGUCACAACCAGUCACAACAGGAUAUUUUGCAGGAGAACACCAUCCUGAAAGCUACUGAGGUGCAGUUCCCUCCAAAGCCAGUAGUCACACCAGAAGCAAAGGCGUUCAUCAGGCGGUGUCUGGCCUAUCGAAAGGAGGAUCGGAUAGAUGUCCAGCAGCUGGCCUGUGACCCCUAUUUGCUGCCUCACAUCCGCAAAUCUGUAUCCACAAGCAGCCCAGCUGGAGCUGCAAUUGCAUCAACCUCUGGAUCAUCCAAUAACAGCUCUUCAAACUGAGACAGAGUAAUAGGCCAAAAACUGCUUGAGAAACCGGCAAAAAGACUUUCAGAAACACAUUUGGAACCGGGGAAUCCACAAGGGUCUCAAGAAACCUGUACCAGGUGCUUUUUUCUCUUGCUUUUUUCCAUCCAUAGAGCAUGACAACAUCAACUCUCAUCAAGAAAGCCUUCGGCAUCUAGGCCAAGCCAUGUGGAUAGGAGAUGGCUUGAGGUUUGUCCAGUCAGUGACCACAACAGGGUGGCUGCUCUGAGCAAGGAGGAGAAACUCAAGAAAAAAAUAUGAAAAGACAUAGUUCCAUGUACUGUGAACUUCUGAACAUGCAGCCUUGGGGAAUCCAGGACGCCGUGUGUGCUUCAUAUGAAGAAUGUGGACUUUGGAAAAAAGACUGGGCUAGUCCAGUGUUGAUAUUUAAACAUUGUUCUUUUUCUUUUAAUAAAGUUUAGGUAACAUCUCCUGAAAAGCUCGAAGCACCAAGGUUCAGCUGGGGAUGGUAUAUGACUCUUUGCCCUUUGGAGGGGAAAAAAGUUGAUCCUGCCUGUUCAUGGCACUAGAGUUAGUGUUUUACCCCUAAUUAAUUUCAAUUUUUUAAAAAUAACAAUUUUUUGGAAGAAAAGAUUUUUCUGGUCUCAGUGAAACCCGUAUUAGCAGGUUUGUGGAAGUGUCUGUUCUACAGCUGGUGCAACUUUCUGCUCCUUUGGAGUGGCCUCUUACGAAUGAUUCACCUUCUCAGGAGGGUGGUGAAGCCCUUGGAGAACAGGCCUGCAUCACUCUGUGAUCAGAGUGGGUCACAGCUCAGGUUGCCACAAGAUCUCAGCUGCUGUUUCAUCGCUCUCACAAUGGUUGCACCUUUUUAAUGUGUUGAAGUGCUGCUGUUUUUGCAUACUCAGCCCAUCAUGCUCAUCAUGCAGAACGAGCUCUCCACACUUGUGAGCCUGAUCUCGGCUGGCAGGCAGAGAGUGGGCGGGAAUUGGCGAACGGCUCAGGUGUCACAGGUGUGAUCUGUGCCCACACAGCUCUCUACUAAUCUGGUUCCUGUUAGAGCAUUCCAAAGCUGAAGCCUUGUUUGGUCCUCUCUGUUGCGUGACUUGGCAGCAAAGCUUCCUCUCUCUCUUAACACUUUUCAAACUUGCUGACUCAUGAAACUUGCUGCCAUCACUGCAUCUGAUUUCAGAUGGCAGGGAAUGAGAUAAUGUCCUUGAAAGGAGCAAACAGCCUAAUUAUUGUCUCCCUCCUGUAAUCUGCCUGGAGGGAUCUUGUACCUUCAGCUGGAUCUGUGUGCUGUGAAAUGGGAGUCUCCCACUCUGCUUCCUUUUCCCUCCCACAUUGAAGAAAAACUGAAAACACAAAAAGCACAGCAAUUGAACAUGUGGCAGCCAGGUUGGACUGCUCCUAACAUGUGGCAGGAGUUCUUAGUCAGAAAUAUUUAAAGAUGCAGUGUUGAGGAGCAGAGUUUGUCCUGAGGGGGGUAGAUGAGCAUUGUAAAACAGCAAUUCAGGAUGGUGAUUAAAAACCAAACCACCCUAUGCGCACUUCCUAACUCAGUCCCUGGAACACUGUGGGCUGGGGAAUCCUUUGUGGGACAAUUCCAAGAUUGUCCCCACAGCUGUGGCAGCUUUUUGGGUCACUGCUUAACCCCAGUGGCAUCUCCUGGCAAGUGCUGUUCUGCAUCAUGCACUCAGAGCUGCCACUUGUCCACCCUAUUGUAAGCCAUCAUCUGCAAAUACUGUGCUUAAAGCUGAUCAGGAACUUGCCAACGGGAAAUGGAGCGGUCUGUUGGAAUUAAGCAACAGGCCAGGGAAGUGGAGAACUCUGCUGCUUUGAUUUUUCUUACUAUUUUUGUAGCAACUCUUGGGCUUUUAGUUGGAUUUACUCCCUUGCAGCUGUAUUUAAGGUGGUGUCUAAACUGCUGUAGUGUUUUAGACAAAGAACAGAAAUACUGCAUCUUUAAAUCCUCUGCCAUCCUCUCUUAGCCUUCUCCAUGCCUUCUGCUCUAAGCCAGAAGUUAAUUGUCCAGCAAGCAGCUUCAGCAUGUUUAUUCAGCCUCUGUCAGGAGAAAUCAGGGUUGGUGCUUCAUCUCAUUUGCCAAAACUGAUUUGGUAUCUGUCCACAUCAGGGAGAAUUCUAAAAGGGUUUUUUCUAUCCUGGUCCCAUUGUUUCUUGGCCAUCCAGUGUGUGCAUCUCUGGGCUAUGAUUAGUUUUGUGUCAGAAGCAUUUCUUCCUGCUGACAGCAGGGAAGAACAACCCUGGUAGAAUUCUGGCUGCAACACUUCCCUUGUUAAGAUGGGUUUCACUUCCAAUAACAGACCCUGUUGCCACACUGUUCAUUUACUUAAAGUGUAUGAAGAAUUUGUAACUUAAACCAGGCCAGACUCUUUUGGCUCUACCCAACAGAUGAGACAUGGAUAUUAAAAUAAGUUUCAAGAAACUGA